UCUGUGCGCAUGAGGAAGCUGGCGCAGCAGAUCGCCAGCUGUAAGCAGUGUGUGGAGCGCUCGUCCUCCCUCAUCACGCAGGCCGACCAGACGCUGAAGGAGGCCGACCACGCUCGCUUCCUGCAGACCGCCAAGAACAUCUGCGAGAGGGUGUCCAUGGCAACGGCCUCCUCUCAGAUCCUGAUCCCCGAGAUCAACCUGAAUGACACCUUUGAUACGUUCGCCCUGGACUUCACCAGGGAGAAGAAGAUGCUGGAGAGCCUGGAUUAUCUCACGGCCCCCGCCCCCCCGGCCAUAAGGGAGGAGCUGUGCACGGCGUCCUACGACACCAUCACCGUGCACUGGACGUCCGACGACGAGUUCUGCGUGGUGUCGUACGAGCUGCAGUACGCCAUCUUCACCAGCCAGGCCAACGUCAUCAGUCUGUGUAACUCGGCCGACAGCUGGAUGAUCGUGCCCAACAUCAAGCAGAACCACUACACGGUGCACGGCCUCCAGUGUGGAACCCGCUACAUGUUCAUCGUGAAGGCCAUCAACCAGGCUGGGAGCCGCAGCAGUGCACCGGGCAGGCUGAAGACUAACAGCCAGCCGUUCAAGCUGGACCCGAAGUCGGCCCACCGCAAGCUGAAGGUGUCCCACGACAACCUGACAGUGGAGCGCGAGGAGACGUCCUCCAAGAAGGCCCAAAGCCAGGACCGCUUCACCAGCCAGGGCAACUACGGCGUGACGGGCAACGUCUACAUCGACAGUGGCCGCCACUACUGGGAGGCCCUGAUUGGAGGGAGCUCGUGGUUUGCGGUGGGCGUGGCCUACAAGUCGGCGCCCAAACACGAGUGGGUGGGGAAGAACUCGGCCUCGUGGGUGCUGUCGCGCUGCAACAGCUCCUGGGUGGCGCGGCACAACGGCAAGGAUGUGUCGGUGGAGCCGUCGGCGCACCUGCGGCGCGUGGGCGUGCUGCUGGACUACGACUCGGGCUCGCUGUCCUUCUACGACGCCGUGGCCUCGCAGCACCUGCACACCUUCCACGUGGACUUCGUGCAGCCGGUCUGCCCCGUGUUCAACCUGUGGAACCGCUGCCUGACCGUCCUGUCCGGCCUGCCCAUCCCGGACAACCUGGAGGCCAGCGACUGCCGGGAAUGAGCGCCGCGAUGGGACGCCGGACGGAACGCCGCCACGGAACGCCGUGCCGGAACGCCGCCACGGACCGCCGUCACGGCUCGCCAAACCCCCGGGCGCCGCUUAUGAAACGAUGCGUCGCCGACAUUGGGCGCCUCGCCGCCAUGUGCUCCACGGGGGGGGUCCAGACAAAACGUUUGUUGCACAUUGAAGACAAUCGGUGUACAAAGCACGCUGUGGUCCUACAUGAGGGCUGCCUACGCCGUCAGGGAUGGGAGCUUAGGGGUUUUUUUCUCGCUCAGAUGGAGACGCCGGACACGGCAUCCUGCGGCCUCGGAGCUCGCUCAUUGGUUAUCGCGGCAGCUCCUCCCAGCCGGGGGAGGAGCUUGACUCGUUACACACGACACUGCGGAGGACCUGAGGAACGACCUGUGUGUGUUGGUGUCCGUUUGGGCGCGUUUGUGUGCGUUGGCGUGCGUUUGUGUGUAGCUGUGUGUUUGUGUGUGGCCGUGUGUUGGGUGUGCGUUGGCGUGCAUUGGCGUGCGUUAUACGGCAACAAAGACAAUCUUCACACCGUUUGCUGGUAUGAAGCCCAUGUACUAUAGAUACGAGAAGCAAUAAGUAAACUGGGGCACAACCAGGAGCGCCCUGUUUGUUUGUAAGCGGCUGAAGCAGCUUGCUGAUUGGCUGAGAUCGUGGCCCCUUCGGGAGGGCCUUCCUACCAUGAAGGCGUUCUUCUAUUUUGCACAGCGUGAACAAGUUCCCUGCUGGCUUGUUUGGAGGAAUUUGGAGAUGACAAGAUUUCGGUUAACAUUUUUACAUUUGUAUUGAAUUAUUUUUACACCUGCCUAAGAUGGUUUAUUUAGUGCACAUAUUUCUGCAUGUUUUGACUUUUGCGGGCUGCCAAGACGAGGUCUGCAGGCGAGCGGCAGCGAGGGGGAAUCAGCCCAGCCGUGUCUCGUGAGGUUCAAUGAUCCCUUGUUUUUAGUUGGGGGCGAACGUGUGAGAGAGAGAGUGUUAUUUAUACACUCCUGUAGAAGUUAGCGAGUUUUUGAAGCACUUUCAGCACCCCAGCCGCCCCAUGCUAAGGCCUAGCCCCACCUGCUACAGUGUAUACCGUCUCCAUGCCCUCUUGUACAUGUGUAAACAUAUAGAAUAGACUAUAGGUUCCUUUAAUUCCUCACAGAAAUGCAAAGUUGGAUUCUAAGUUUGUGUGGAUGCCAAUUAUUUAUUAGUUGAAAAAUGAAAUUGUAAUUUUAAAUAGGAGUCAACAAAAACCUUAACACAGGCAAUACAUCCUACAAACCAAAAUAUAAACUCUUGGUUAAUCGGUUCACCCGUGCUGGCCUGAGUCAAAUAAAAAGCUGGGAGUCCUAGUCAAAUCAACACUGCACCACCAUUUUUGCACAUUUGUUCUUCUGUGAUCUAAUAAAGAAUGUCUUAAUUUC